UUACGCUGAGCUGUGCUGACGUCACGCGUUCACGCUGGAUCAGUUUCAGAGCUUGUGACGCUGCUGCAUUAACACAGUUGUAAAUGAAGCAGAAAGAGAGAAAAGUGGGCGUUUGAGUGGACUGAAGCAUGGAUUAUGAGCGGAGGGGUCGUGGUGACCGAAUGGGCCGCUAUGGGAAAGCGUCAGAUGAUCACGACUACAGAGACAUGGACUAUCGCGGAUACGGACAGGAAAAUGGCUUGGGGCUAACUAGCAGCUUAGCAAAUACAAGGCAGCAUGACGGCAGCUCCGAUGGCCCUAAAGACUUCCCCUCAGGUAAUUUCUCAAAUAAUCGACCCGGAUUCAGACAAAAGGGCAACCGUGCAUCCGAAGUCGGAAAAGAUCAGAACAUCCACUCAAGAUUUCAGCAUGAUGGAAAGGAUUAUGAGUUUGAAGCAGAAACCGAGGCGCGCAGGAGAGAUGCACAGUCUUUAAGAUCCAGACCGAAGGUGUUCCUGGACCAACAAACACCAGAUGAAGAGGAAGGCGAUGAGGACAACACAUGGGGCAGAUUAAGAGGACGGCAAAACUCUCAGGGAGAAUACAAUGCAGAAUGGAGAGCCGAGGAAGACAAAUUAAAUCGAAAUCUCAAGCACAAACAAGGUUUUCCUGAUCAAGUCCAAUCACAGAGCAAAAUGAAGGAUGGAAGUUUUGACCCUGAGGAGGCAGAAGUCCACGAUCAGGACUACAGAUCUGAUGCAGACGCGCUCCAGAAACCCAGCAACAUUGUGAUGCUGAGAAUGCUUCCUCUGAACGCAACGGUGAACGAGAUUCGUGCUCGGCUGCAGGAGCAGGGGAUCCAGCCUAGAGAAGUUCGUCUGAUGAGGAACAAAUCUUCAGGUCAGAGCAGAGGAUUCGCCUUCGUCGAGUUUAAUCACUUGCAGGAGGCCAGCCGCUGGAUGGAGACCAACCAGAAAGUGCUCACUAUACUGGGACAGCGGGUUUCUAUGCACUACAGCGACCCAAAGCCACGCGCUAAUGAAGACUGGCUCUGCAAUAAAUGUGGAGUGCAGAACUUCAAACGAAGAGAAAAGUGCUUCAAAUGCGGAGUUCCAAAGUCAGAGGCGGAGCUGAAACUGCCUCUGGUGCCAAAGAUUUUACCUCUGUGUCAGCUGAAGGACUCAACUCAGGGUUUACUGCCUCUUCCAGCCAUAUUCCAGACAGCCACGUCCAUCCUCAACUUAAGCUCCUCCCCCCAGCCCUCUGAGGCGGCCAAUGACACGCUCAUACUGAGGAAUCUGGGACCCCACACCACACUCGAGGCCAUUUUAUCAGCUCUGGCUCCGUUCGCAACCCUCUCGCCCUCGAACGUUCGACUCAUUAAAGACAAACAGACGCAGCUCAACCGAGGCUUCGCUUUCCUGCAGCUGACGACAAUCGUGGAGGCUUCACAGCUGCUGCAGAUCCUCCAGGCCCUGCAGCCGCCGCUGUCUAUUGAUGGAAAGCUCAUCUCUGUGGAGUUCGCCAAGGGCUCCAAACGUGAUGUGUUUCUGACAGAUGGCAGUCGUGUGAGUGUGGCCACAGUAGCGAGCACAGCUAUAGCUGCAGCUCAGUGGGCAGUUUCUCAGACGGCGAGUGGAGCUCAGAGUGGUGAUUUGAGUGUUCUCCAGCAGGGGGCGGCAGCGUUCAGCCAGGAUGGCUCUCAGAGCCGCACUGCAGAAACACAGGCUUUUAAAGGCCCAGUGACCACAUUACUGACCCCUGCUGAUAGAGCAGUUGCAGGAGAGACUACUGCUGCCUCCAUACUGACACAUGCAGCUUCCCAAAUCCAGCUGGUCUCCUCUACACCCUCCACACAGGACCGUCAGACAUCUGUGGAGAUCAUCGGGAAGCCUCAGCCUGCAGCUUGUGUCCAGCCAGCCACACCUGGAACAGCUCUGGAGUGCCAGCAGUACCCGGAUCCCGACGUGUCCACAUACCAGUACGACGAGAGCUCUGGUUAUUACUACGACCCUUUUACCGGCCUCUACUAUGACCCAAAUUCACAGUACUACUUUAAUCCCCAUACGCAGCAGUACAUGUAUUGGGAUGGGGAAAAGCACACGUAUGUUCCUGCCCCAUCACAGUCUGAGGAUUCUGCAGGCAAUGAGCUUUCAGGAGCUCCAAACAGCAGCAAAGACAAGAAGGACAAGCCCAAGAACAAGAGCGCGCAGCAGAUCGCCAAAGACAUGGAGCGCUGGGCCAAGAGUCUGAACCGGCAGAAGGAGAACGGGCGCUCUGUAAACACAAACCCUCGGCUGAUGACCCACAGCAGAAGUGAUGACCGACGGGAGUCUGCCAGUGCAGACGCUGGCUACGCCGUCCUGGAGAUGAAGGGCGCUUUACUGGAGAGACCACAGAUCCUGAUGGAGCAGAUCAAACAUCCUGAAGACAGAGAGAGUCCUCCUCAGGCUCUGCUGGCGGGCUGCAGUGUAGAGACGGACAGCGAGGACGAGAGCUCAGAGAAGCAGGAGCGUCUGACGGACUGGUGUAAACUGGCCUGUCUGCUCUGCCGGAGACAGUUCCCCAGUAAAGAGGCUCUGAUCCGACACCAGCAGCUGUCCGAGCUGCACAGACAAAACCUGGAGCAGAAGAGAUCCAGAACGACAGUGUCAAACACACAAGAGGGAUCGGAAACUGAGCUGAAAUACAGGGAUCGAGCAGCAGAAAGGAGAGAGAAAGGGAUCAUCCCGCAACAACCAGACGCAAAAAAGAGGAGGAUUAGCCCUGUCAGCGCCGCUGGAUUUCAGAUGCUUCCCGGAAGGACAGAAAAAGGCUUUUUCAUCCGUAACGUCCCGGUGGAAUAACGGAGAUCAUCAUAUCUGGACUACUCUUCACGAAUUAACCGAGCAGAUUUAAUCAUAUGGUGCAAAAUACAGCAGAGAGACCCUCACCAGGACGUUUACACAUAAUCAGUUAGAGAUAUAUUAACAUUCAGGUUGAUUUAAAGGGAGAGUUCAGCCAAUAAUGAACGUUUACUCAGUAUUUACUCAGUCAAGCAGGCUUUAAACCUUUAUUAGUUCUGUUAAACACAAAUGAAGAUACUUUAAACAAAGACUUCCAUAGUAAAUAGAAAUAGUAUGGAAGUCGAUGGUUACCGGUUUUCAGCAUACUUCAAAACAUCUUCUUUUGUGUUUUACAGAUUAGAGAGACUCUUAAAGAUUUGAACCAAGUGACGGAUGCGUAAAUAAUGAUAUAAUUUCAUUUUUGCGUGAACUAUCCCUUUAAGAAAACCCCCUCAGGACUCUGAGACAUAAACAAAAAAGCUAUUGCUAGCACACAGUCACUGUAAUUAUUAGCAUUAUCGUUGUGUAGCCCAUCGUCCGCUUCCCAGAAACAUUGUCCACAUUUGUUGAUGGCGUGAAGUUAUGCAAAAUAAUUCUGGGAAGAAAAUGAUGUCAGGAUUGAAAACGGAGAUACGCUGCAUUAAAUGCUCUCACGCUUAGAGUUUUAGUCUCGUUUCUAGUACAAAUAUCUAAACAAUCUUAAAUCAAGAAGCUUUUUCAGGGCAAGGAGAAAAUAUAGUCUUGUUUUUAGUAACAAUGAGUCAAGCUAAAGUGAGUUGUUCAUUAAAACAAGCAAAAUAGUCUUAUUUUUCACAUUAUUUUGCUUGUUUUAAUAAAAAAACUCACUUUAUUUUGACUCAUAUCUGAAAACGAGACUGUAUUUAUUGCUUGUCUGUAAAAUGCUUCUUAAUUUAACUAGUUCGUAGAUAUUUGGACUAGAAACGAGACUAAAACACUAAGUCUAAAGGCAUUGUAUGCAGUGUAAAUAUCUGUUGGUCCCUUUAAAUCUGAUCUGAGUACAGCCAUUGGUGGUGCAGAAGGCUGAUUGUACGCAGUGUGCUAUGCAUAUUUAGCGCGUCGGAUGUUUCUGACACGAGAGUCUAUGCAGAACUGAACUUGCACAGUAGAUUAAACUUUCCUCUUGAAGAACCGGCACAGAUUAGGGUUUACGCUUUUGGAUUAUUAGUGAGCAUUGUUGUGCUCAAAAGUUUACACACCCCUUGAUGAUUUCUAGAUUUAUUUCUAGUUUUUUAACUUGCAUUGUUUUGUCUUGUUUGUAGUCUGAAUGUCAAAACAUUCUUAAAUUGAGAAGCAUUUAUUGAGACAAGCAAAACAAAUCAUGUUGAUUUAAGAAAUAUUGAGUCAAAAUUAGGUGUUUUUUUUUUCUUAAAACGAGCUCAACAAUCUGCCAAUGGUGUCAGUGAAGUAAUCUUACAUCAAAAGUAACAUCAAGAUCAUUCUGCUUACCCCAUUGUCAGAUUAUUUUGCUUGUUUUAAUGAAAAACUCACUUAAUUUUGACUCUCUAUAUCUGAAAACAAGACUAUAUUUAUUGCUUGUCUGUAAAAUGCUGCUUAAUUUAACUAGUUUGUAGAUAUUUGGACUAGAAACGAGACACAAACAUUUUACAGUGUAAGAUAUUUUGCUUAAAAGGCAUUCACAUAUAGUUCACAAGGACAAAAACAUAGCUUAAAUAAUUAAAACAACCCUGUGCAAAAGUUUACUCCUCAGGUUUUUAAUAAUGUGUGUUUUCCAAGCUUUUUUCUGCUUAGUGAUGGUUGUUCGCACGUCUCUGGUUUGUACUGAACAGUUAAACAGUAGGAAAAUCCUCAAUGUCCUGCAGAUUCUUCACUUUUCCAGCAUCUCUUCUGCCUUUUCCAGACGAAAUGUAUGAUUGUAGAUUCAUCUUUUCACUCUAAGGGUGUUUUAGGGACUUAAAUAUGACUAUUAAACAAAAGGUUUAAGCCAGCAAUGUCAAACUCAAUUCCUGGAGGGCAGCAGCUCUGCACAGUUUAGUUCCAACCCUGCUCCAACACACUCACCUGCAGGUUUCAAACAAGCCUAAAGGACUUCAUUAGUUUGAUCGGGUGUAUUUUAUUAUGGUUGGAACUAAACUGUGCAGAGCUGCGGCCCUUUUGGAACUGAGUUUGACAUCCCUGGUAUUAAGCCCUUGAUGAUGCUCCAGAAGGAAAAGCAAGGCAUUUAGACCCUGGGGGUGAAAACUUUUACACCCAAUGAAGUCUUCCACAUUUCAAUUGUAUUCAGUAGAAAUGUUAUUGUUUUACAUUUAGUAGUGCCAUUCGGAAAUAUCAGAAGAUUCCUGCAUCUUUAACAGAUGCAAUUUACCCUGAUCGUCAUUGUGUAAAAGUUUUCACCCCCCUGGCUCUUGAUGCUUUGUUUCUUAUUCUGGAGCAUCAGCGAGGGUUUUAUCCUAUUUUAAUGGUCAUGUUUAAAUCCCUCAAUCAUCCUCAGAUGAAUUUACAAUCAUAGAUUCAAUGCUGGAAGAGGCUAAAAUCAACAGAAGAUGCUGGAAAAGUGGAGAAUCUGCAGGACAUGGAGGAUUUUUCUGUAGAACAGCAGAUGUUUAACUGUUGAGAACAAACCAGAGACUUGUGAACAAUCAUCACAAAGGAGAAAAACACAUGAAAAACACACACAGCACUGAAAACUAGGGGUGUGUAAACUUUUGCACACAGUUAUUUUUAAUAUUUUAUUUAUGUUUUGUUUUUUGUGAACAUCUUUUACGUAAAAUAUCUUCCUCAGGACUUUACCAACUAAAAAAAAAACCCAUUCAUUUAGUAGGAUCUCUCUUAUUUUGUUUGUCAUUUUAACAGAUACUUUAAGUGGGUUUGUGUAAACGUUCGAGCACAGCUGUAUGUGUCAUGACUAUCUAAGCUGUGCUAGAUUAUAUAUUAGCUUUUUUAACGUGAGUUUAAUGUGGACAGAGAGAGUUUGUUAUUGUGAGCACUAAGUGCCGUUGUGUUUCUUUUUGUAGUUUAUAUCUACACAAUCACAGAUCUGAUUUUCACAUGGUAAUUCGUCUUAAAUGUCUUCAGAAAAGGCAGAAAGACCGUUUAGUUUGAUGGUAAAAUGGUUUCUACAAGGAAAUGAGCUUUGCUUUUCCCUUUUUUAUUUUAUUGGAUAAUAGAAUAUAUCUAUAUAUGAAUGAAUGAAAGAAGUUUUGAAAGAGAUUUUUGUAUAUAAGAUGCCUUGAUGCAGAAAGAGAAUCUAACAAAUCCCAAGUCUUAUUUCACUACAGAUGGAAAGCGGAGGGAAAGCUAAUGCCAUUCACUCCAUUAAGAAAAUAUAUAUCUUUGUUUUAGGAGCAUUAUGAUUUUUGUUCUGUCGUAUUGUGUCAUUGUUCAUUUCAUUUAAGCCUAUCUCAGUACUGUAAUGUCUUUUUUAUUUUACUGUAAAGUAUGAUUUUUGUGAUUUAUUCACCAAUACAAAUUAUUGUGAAACUAUU